AGUUACCCAAGAACGUGUACGUAGCGUAGCGUAGAAAUGCGUAGAAACACAUAGUUGCAAAAACUCACCACCGUAGAAUGAACGCAGGAAUCAGCUGUUCUCUUUUGUAUUUUUCUUUGUGUUCUGUUUUCGUUUCACAUAUUUUGGUAAACAACAGCGGUAGCAUGAUGGAAGCAGAAAGUGUUGAAAUCGACGAAUUAUUUUUAAAUUUGUGUGAAUUAUACAGAUUGUAUAAAGAAUACAAACACAAAAAAAGGAACAGGAGGUACGGAGUUCGCCCAUUAAAUCAAAAUUGGGCAGCAAGCGGCUAUCAGCGCCAAGUUUUUCGGCGAAUGAGGUCUAUGGAUGCAGAACAAGUGUUUUUACAUACACGAAUGCCCCCGCCUGUAUUUGACCUACUGCUAAACCUAGUCGGCAACUCCUUACGGAAACCAAAACAGCGGAUAGAUUCUGAAGAAAGACUUUCUUUGGUUUUGCUAUAUUUGUCACAAGGAGUAUCAAUUCAGAGCAUCGCUUGGAGUUACAAGUUAGGCAAAACAACAGUGCGCAAUAUUGUAUUAGAAGUAUGUGAAAUAAUCUGGCAGUUGCUUUCUCCAAUUUACGUGAGCGAACCAACAGAAUCGCAGUACAAAGAUAUUGCUAAGGAGUUCCUUGAGUUAUGGAAUAUUCCUAACUGCGUUGGUGCAAUUGAUGGCAAGCACAUUGCCAUUAAAUGUCCUGCUAAUUCAAGUUCGCUCUUCUAUAACUACAAGAAGUUUUUUAGUAUAGUCUUGAUGGCCGUAUGUGAUGCUAGAUAUACGUUCACAGCUGUCAGCAUCGGAAGUUACGGCAGUCAGAGUGAUGGAGGAAUCUUUCAGCUUUCUCCCUUUGGACAAGCAUUAAUGCAAAAUACAUUGCCAUUACCUCCUGCUGUACCCUUAUCAAGGGAAUCCCCUGAAUGUUUUCCCCAUUUUUUUGUGGGUGAUGCUGCGUUCCCCCUCAGAACAAAUUUAAUGCGUCCGUAUCCCGGUUCUAAUUUAUCGCGAACUAAACGAAUAUUUAAUUAUCGACUCUCGCGGGCACGCAGAGUCAUAGAAAACAGUUUUGGUAUUUUAACUGCUCGGUGGCGGAUAUUGCGAACCACUAUUGAGUGUAACCCAGAACACUGCGAAACAAUAGUUUUGGCUUGCAUUGCUUUGCAUAAUUUUAUAAUGCUGAACGAUCAAAGUCGUUGGUAUUGCCCAGAAAAUUACGUUGACCGCGAAGAGGCUGGCAACGUAGUCCAUGAUGGAGAUUGGCGUCGCGAAUUAAGUAAUCAGCACACCUUACCACCUUUGCGGUCAGCAGUGCGUAGAGCUCCAGCAAAUGCGUUUAGCCUCCGUGAUCGGCUCGCAAAUUACUUCAUUAAUGAAGGAUCCUUGCCGUUUCAGGAGAACAUAGACUUAGCCAUAGGUGGACCUUACUUAUGAAAUGCAUUAAUAUGUGAAUAGGAAAGCUUUACUUUCUAUAAAAUUGACCAACUUUCCUUAAAAACAUUAGUUUCGUAAACUAAAAUAAAAUGUAUUUAUGUAUACAUAACAAUUCAUUCCUUACAUGCCUGGAUAUAUGUAGCUGCUGUCAAAAUAAA